AUGGCACAUUAUUCGGUCGCAGCUCUCGGGCUGCUAUUGACAUCCAUAGUCCUCUAUAUCGUCUCUGCUGUCGCCACGAGGUUUCGACACGCUCGCAGAGCCAAAGAAUGGGGUUGUCAACCUGGUGUGCAGAGAAAGUCCAGACUGCCUCUCGGGAUCGAUCUCGUCUGGCAAGUCGUCCAAGCAGACCGGGAACAACGGGUCCCUGACUUCUUCUUCGAAACAUACAAGAACAUGGGAGUUCCCACGUGGCGUCAGAACAUCCUAGGCAGCGAAGGCUACAUGACAUCGGAUCCGAAGAACAUCCAAGCCGUCCUUGCGACUCAAUUCAACGACUUCGAGAUUGGUGAGCAACGGCGAGGAAACUUCUUCCCCGUAUUCGGCAAUGGAAUCUUCACUGCAGAUGGUAAAGCAUGGGAGCACUCCCGAACCAUGCUUCGUCCUCAGUUUGUGAGACAGCAGGUAGCAGACCUAAAUCUCGAAGAAAUCCAUGUCCAAGACAUGUUUCAACACCUCACAGCGAAGAACGGCUGGACUGACGUCGUCGACCUUGUUCCACUUUUUUUCCGUCUGACUCUUGACUCUGCCACCGAGUUCCUGUUCGGCCAAAGUGUCAACUCUCAACUUGCUGCUUUGCCGGGGUACACGAACGGAAAGGCUAGACAAGCCGGAAAUUUGGACUGGACCUUGUUUGGACCUGCCUUUGACGGGGCUACAAUGGCAGUCGGGACACGAGGACGUUUGGCAGAUAUGUACUGGCUCUACUCACCCAAACACUUCCACGACAACAUCAAGAUCGUCCACCAGUUCGCAGACUACUAUGUGAACUUGGCUUUAACCACUGACUUGUCGUCCCUGAGCGAACAUGAUGGCGAAAAGGAGCAAAACAGGGAGAAGUACAUUUUCUUGAAAGAACUUGUCCAAGCCACCCGAGACCCAGUCGAGCUGAGAAGCCAACUCCUCAACAUCCUUCUCGCCGGACGAGACACCACUGCCGGCCUUCUCGGGUGGACAUUUUUCCAUCUUGUCCGACAACCAAACCUGUUCAAGAAGCUCCGAGACACCGUCAUCGCCCAGUUUGGCACGUAUGAACAUCCCAAGGAUAUCACGUUCGAGUCGCUCAAGGGCUGUACCUACUUGCAGCACAUGAUGAACGAGGUUCUCCGGCUCAACGCGACUGUUCCCAUCAACAGUCGACGAUCCACCAAAGAUACCACGAUACCCAGAGGCGGAGGUCAGGAUGGUACUGCUCCACUCUUCGUUCCCAAGGGCCAGGAGGUCAGUUAUUCAGUCCACAUAAUGCAUCUUCGAGAAGACAUCUGGGGUCCGGACGCUGCCGAAUUCAACCCAGAACGAUGGGUAGGACGGAAGCCAGGCUGGGAGUUUCUACCUUUCAAUGGUGGACCACGAAUAUGCUUGGGACAGCAAUUCGCUCUGACUGAGGCUGGGUAUGUGAUUGUGCGUAUGCUCCAGAGAUUUGACAGGCUUGAGAACCACGAGACGGAUCCAAUCACACGCCACCAAUACAGUGUGACGACUGCGCCUGCUCGAGUCCCACUUCGACUACAUGAAGCUGCGGCUACUCGUUCUGCGGCGGUGCAUUGA